GAAAAAAUAAAUCUAAACAUGGAAAAACCAAACUCGGGUUUGGCUGAAAAAAUAUUUCUAUUAAUUAUAAGCCUAUGUUUGAUCUGUGCUGUGGUGGAAGCAGAAGAAUUUCCAGCCAUGUUUGUGAUUGGAGAUUCUUUGGUCGACUGUGGAAACAACAACUACUUGAGAUCUUUUGCAAGAUCAGAUUUUAUGCCAUAUGGGAUUGAUUUCUAUGCAGGUCCUACAGGCAGGUUUUCUAAUGGAAAAACCAUCAUUGAUUUUCUUGGGGAUUUGGUUGGUCUUCCUCUUCUUCCACCUUUCGAAGCAACUAUCACAUUCGGAAGAGACAUUCUUAAGGGAGUAAAUUAUGCUUCAGCGGCCGCUGGGAUACUUGAUGAGAGUGGAAGAAAUCUAGGAGAUAGGUUUAGCCUGAGUCAACAGGUGGAGAAUUUUAAAAGUACAUUGAGCCAAUUAAAGAGAAAAAUGGAUGAAAGAAAAUUGGAAGAAUUCUUGGGAAAAUCAUUGGUUGUGAUGAAUCUUGGCAGCAAUGACUAUAUAAAUAAUUAUCUCAUUCCCUCUUUAUAUCCCAACAGCUCUCGUUACAACUCUCAAGACUAUGCUGAUCUUCUCAUCAAUCAUUACGCUAUACAUAUAACGGUGCUACACAAUCUAGGUUUGAGAAAAUUCUUAUUGGCAGCUGUUGGACCCCUUGGUUGCUUGCCAAAUCAAAUAGCCACCGGAGUUGCACCACCAGGGAAGUGUGUAGCUUUUAUUAACGAUAUGGUUGAAGUAUUUAACAAGAAACUCAUCUCUCUUGUUGAUCAACUCAACGCCAAUCACACCAAGCCAUCAACUUUUGUCUAUGGCAAUACUUAUGGAGUUUUUACUGAUAUACUCAAUCGACCUGAUGAUUAUGGAUUUAGCGAGACAGAUAAAGGAUGUUGUGGAAUUGGGAAAAAUAGAGGGCAAAUAACAUGUCUACCAUUCGCAAUGCCAUGCUUCAACAGAGACCAAUACGUCUUUUGGGAUGCUUAUCAUCCAACUCAAGCUUUUAAUCAAAUUGUUGCUCAAAGGGCUUACACUGGUGGUCUUUCGGAUUGUUACCCAAUGAAUGUCAAACAAAUGGCUCAAGUCUGA